AUGAAGAAGUUCUUCAGCAGCUUCGGCAGCACUGGAAGCACUUCUGGCAUUGGUUCUGGCUCUGGCACAGGCAGCCAAGCCAGCGAGAAGUACCAGCCGGAGAAGGGCGUUCCCGAGUGCGCCGGCAGGACCGCCCCGGUGCUCUCUGUGCCCAACAAAGAGGACGCUGGCGCCCUGGUCAGCUACCGCCUGCUGAUGCUCAAUGGGAAGAACAAGAUUUUGGUCAGUGUUGAGGGCUCCAAGGAGCUCAAGGCACUGGACGUGCUGGAGUGGGAGAAGCUGAUUCGAAUUGAGAGCUUGGUCGUUGAUGAGCAGCUGCUGCUGCUGCCGCCCAAGGACGCCAAUGUGAUCUUUGUCUGUGAGAUCACCGCUCGCACCAGCUUCCACGAGAGCGCCAACUUCACCAGCGUCCAGCUCGACUACGAGGGCGCCUGUCGCGCCGAGGAGCGUCAACUGGCCGAAGACCUAGGUCGACUACUUCUACCCAAAGGAGGCUCAAAGGCCUCUGCUGCUGACAUUUUUCUGGCUGUUUCCAAAGCUAAAGAAAAGGAGGAAGAAGAGUUCAAGGAGUUCCCCGUGCACAGCCCCAUCCUCGAGGUACGAGCUCCCGGGCUGAUGGCCGCCCUGAAGGAGACAAAGGAGUUUCUGGCCACUGAUGGACGAGCUGUUACACUGCAGGUGGAAGUCAAGCCGGAGACUUUCCAAGAGCUGCUUCGCUUCAUCUACACUGGCUCGGUGAGCGAGAAGAAGGUGCUGCUGGACUUUGGCCUGCUCAAGGUGGCCCUCAAGUACAAAGUUCACCGUCUGGUGCGUCUUUGCGAGCAGGCGCAAGCUGAGUCGCUGGAGGUGAACUCCGUGGCCGCCGUUCUUCGCCAGGCUGAGUCGCUUAAAGUUGGAACUGAAGUCCUCAAAAGCAGCUGCCUCGAUUUUAUCAAGCACAACUACGGGACAGUUUCGAAGACCAAGGGCUGGAAGCAGCUGGCCGCAGAGUAUCCCAAUCUGGUGCUGGCCGAUCCGGUGCUGAACAUCAACAACAACAAAAA